UGUGAUUGGCUGAGCCGGUCAGUCCUACGGAGUGGGCAGAGCGCUCUCCAACUCGUCUACAGUAAUCCGAGGGGAUUGCGUUCGUAUGUUAACUCGCCAAACGAUAGGUGUAAAAUGGUUAAAUCGAAUGAACAACGGCACGAUUUUUGUUAAAAAAAAGGAUAAUUUGCAAAAGGGGAAUCACUCCACGGCGUCCUCUACUUAUUUUACAGUAGUGGCGGAGUACAGAAGAAAGUUAGAAUUACUCGAGCGAACAAAAGCAGACGUUGACGGAGGAGUUCGCUUUCGCCGAGUUCAGAGGACGGGACGUGAUGGCUCGGAGGAGGAAUUAAGGUCGCGUGGUUUAUAUUCUCCGGGUUUGGACCGAGCGAGGUGGCUCAGGAGCCCGUUAGCUGACCAGUUACGGAUGUCGUGGCUUGUAAGGCGGGGCGUGCCGCCCCUGCCCCCCGUGGGGGUCACUGUGGCCCCCACAGGACCCAACAUCUCCUGGUUCCCAGAGUCUCCCCUUCUGAGCCCGGACCAGCCCACCUUCCUCAUGACCACAGCGGCCCAGGCCAUCUCCGGCUUCUUCGUCUGGACCGCCCUAAUCAUCACCUGCCACCAGAUCUACAUGCACCUGCGCUUCUACCGCGCACCCAAUGAGCAACGGCACAUCGUGCGCAUCCUCUUCAUCGUCCCCAUCUACGCCUUCGACUCCUGGCUCAGCCUCCUCUUCUUCACCAACGACCAGUACUACGUGUACUUUGACACUGUGCGGGACUGCUAUGAGGCGUUUGUGAUUUACAACUUCCUGAGUCUGUGCUACGAGUACCUGGGAGGAGAGAGUGCCAUCAUGGCCGAGAUCAGAGGAAAACCCAUCGAGUCCAGCUGCGUGUACGGGACGUGCUGCCUGCGGGGGCGCUCCUACUCCAUCGGCUUCCUGCGCUUCUGCAAGCAGGCCACGCUGCAGUUCUGCGUGGUGAAGCCCCUCAUGGCCACCGUCACCGUGGUGCUGCAGGCCUACGGGAAGUACAAGGACGGAGACUUCAAUGUUGCCGGCGGCUACCUGUACGUGAGCAUCGUGUACAACGUCUCUGUCAGCCUGUCGCUGUACGCCCUCUUCCUCUUCUUCUUCGCCACCCGCCAGCUGCUCAGCCCCUACAGCCCCGUGCUCAAGUUCCUCAUGGUCAAGUCCGUCAUCUUCCUCUCCUUCUGGCAGGGCUUGCUGCUUGCCAUCCUGGAGAAGUGCGGGGCCAUCCCCCGCAUCAACUCUGACGCGGUGACGGUCGGUGAGGGCACGGUCGCCGCGGGCUACCAGAACUUCAUCAUCUGCGUGGAGAUGUUCUUCGCGGCACUGGCACUGCGCCACGCCUUCACCUACACGGUGUACAUGGACAAGGGGCUGGACGCCCAAGGCCGCUCUGCCCCCAUGAAGAGCAUCUCCAGCAGCCUGAAGGAGACCAUGAACCCGGGCGACAUGGUCCAGGACGCCAUCCACAACUUCUCCCCGGCCUACCAGCAGUACACACAGCAGUCCACGCUGGAGCAAGGGGCCCCGCCCGCCGUCCAGCGUGGCCACGGCACCGCGGGCGCCCGCGGCGACUCGGAAAAGACCCUGCUGCUCAGCUCCGACGACGAGUUCUAGGGUGUGUCCACGGUAACCACGUUCCAGUGCUCCCGCCCCUUCUCCUCCUCCGUCACCAGCAGCAGCACAGCCUGAACUUGAUUCAACGGCUUUUAUUUAUGAAUGGAGAGACGAGUUGUGGGAGGCGGGGCUUAUUUCCCCCGUGCUUCGUUUGGUUUGGUGAUAUGCACCUGUUCAUCGGGGAGGAUAGUUGUGCUUCCGUUUAGUUUGAAAAAAGAGAAGAUGGAUUACAGACUUUCACAGGAACGUGUCUGCCAAAUCUUUCCUUCGUAAGAACUUAUGUUCAGAGUUUCAGGAUUUAAUAUCAAUUUCACCGUUAAUUUCAAUUUCACAGAGAGAGGGAGAGAUGGUAGAACAAUAACAGAGGGGUAUCCCAGAGGGAGAGAGCCUCGAGGGGGUCAACAUGGGAGAGGAACUUGGAUGAAAACAUCUCUUGGCAAAGUAAUGGGUUUCUUUUCAUAGUGGACCGUCCUUUUCCAUUGGCUGAAAAGCUGCAGCCCUGGCGAAACAGCCUCGCAUAUAAUAAAGGGGGCCAGAGAAGACAAAAGAGUAUCGCGAGAAUACAGGAGCUGGUGUGAGGGCAGAACUAGGUUAACUAGAUGGAGAUGGAGGAGUCUUCAUCAUCAGCCAUUUCAAUUGCUUGAGCUACCCAUAGAAAUCGGUACAUUUAUUUUUUAUCGGUAGUAUAACAUUUAAGUCUUUAAAUAUACAACAUAUAUUUAAAUAGGCCUGGAUCCCUUACAACGUGUUGUUUUAUUAAAGCUUAAGGGACCCAGUUGGCCUUUUUACGUUUUGCUUGUUCUUAUACCAUGUAGCUGCUUUCUGAUGACUUAGCUGACCACCAGAGGGCAUCCCACACACAAAUACGUAUCUAUAAAAUUCACAUUAUCGCACUCGACACACUUGAGACCUGGAACCCAGUCAACAGAAUAGGAAUGCAGUGUGUAAGCUGCUUCGUGUUUGUUGACACAUAUACUGCCCAAUUUACGUUGUUGGGAUUUUUCCCAAAAUGCCAGUUCAGAGACAUGGAGUAGAUUUGAGCCUUGCCUACUCACUGAAUUAAGUGAUUCUAUAUAUUUUGGGGGGAUUUUCAGUGUGUUUUCUACAAAACACAGUGAUUUAAGUAGGGUGAGACCUGAGAAUUAACAUUGUAAUCAAGGGUUUGUUACAAAC